AUGCGUUAUAUAUCUAAACAGGAACAAUUCUGGAUCGCUUGCAGUUUCGGACGUGAAGGAGCUGCUAAGAGGUUGAUCGAAGCUGGUGUGGAUGUUAAUUGGAGGUCCUAUGUGUACGAAUGCUAUCCUAUACAUGUCUGCUCCCAAGGGAAACCUAGUAUUUUACAGAUGGUUAUUCGAGCAGGAGCAGAUGUUAAUGCACUUGAUUCCGCAGGUAAUACAGCUUUGCACCAUGCUGCUAUGUCAGGCAAUGAAAUCAAUACUCAAAUGCUUUUAUCUGCGGGUGUAAAUGUUGAUAUAGUCAAUAAAAAUGGUUGGACACCGUUAUUCAAUGCUGUCUAUUGGAAUCAUCCAUCUAUUGCUGAAAUGCUACUGGCCAAUGGUUCAAGUCCAUUUUUGAAGAAUAAGAAUGGGAGAAUUCCACUACAUGAAUUAUGCCGAACUAAAUCCAAAGAUUCUGUUCGAAUUCUUAAAAAUUUCGAAUUACUUCUUCAAUGUAUGAAUAAAUAUAAACGAGAAGCAUUAGUCAGUAUAACUGAUUGCAAGCCUGAUCCCAUUACUACUACUACUUCUACUACUAUUGAUGACAAUCUAAAUUUAAAUGAAACUAUGAUAGAUAAUUGUGGAGCUUCUAUUGAUUUGGAUAAUAUGAGUUUAAGAGCAUGUUCUCACAAUGACUUGGAUUCAGAAGCUGACUUUACCCCACUUCUAUUUGCCUGCUAUCAUGGACAUUUGGAACUUGUCAAAGCACUGUUGGAUCGUGGCGUUAAUGUCUCCGUUACUGACAAGAAUCACUGGACAGCUUUACAUUGGGCUGCACAACAGUGUCAUGCUGAUAUUGUUGAAGUACUAUUGGAUUAUGGUGCAUCAAUAUAUGCGAAAGAUUUGCGUGGUUGUAUGCCAUAUGCUGUAACAAAUGAUAUAGGUUUACAAGAAUGUCUUUCACCCGAUAUUGACUAUCCAAAUAUUAUAUCCAAUGGACAUGUAACCACUGAUGAAGAAGAUGAUGAUGAUAAGGACAAUCGUAAUAAUGAUAUGAAUGACAUAGAUAGAAAAGAAGAAGUAUCUAAAAUAAAAUCAAGUUCACUUCAAUUACAAUUAUUACAAUCACAUCCACAAAUAAAUAUAAAUGAUACAUUGGAUUCAUCUGUGAUAACUAAACAACUUAAUCUAAUGGAAUUAUCUUUAAUUGAAAAUCACAUGGAAAUAUCCACUGCUGAAAUAGCAUCACCUGAAAUUUAUAUUAGCACUGUAUAA